UACUACAGCAGGAGGGGCUGAAGGGGGGAUCUGGAAUCUGGACAGAGAGGAGAAGGGGCUGGUGCUGCGCCUGCAGCUAUCAUUACUAUUACAGACUGACAGGACAGCUUUGGAAUCGGUUGGGAACACUGACACUCGCAACAAAGGGGAGAACUUUAGCUGCACUGUACAUAUUUGUCCGGUUUUCAGAAGUGACAAAACGGGACAGGUGGUUUAGAACCGGACAGUACCCUGGAAAACCUGACUGUCCUGUUCAAAACCAGACAGGUGACAGCCCUACGUGGUCCCCGCAAAGACAGCUGCGUCACAGAGUGGGAGGCUGCUGUGUGAGGAGCGGAAGCUGUAUGUCUUUGAUCUCGUCAGUGAAUCUUAGUAGCAGCAUUUGUUCCGAAUCCGAUACGUCAUUCCCAUGCCCUCUGCCUCCUCUAAUAAAGAAUUUGUUUCUUAGCUGCACAUUGCCUAAGCCCACCCAGCUCAUCAUUAGAGGCAAAUAGGUACUGUCUGUCAGUACGCCCUUGAGACACCGAGGUGGUGAUGCUAGCAAGUGUACGGGAAGAAGAAGAGCAUCGUUCAGGCUGAUGCAAGUCUUAUGAACAGCGGGGUUGAUGCAGUGGCUUCUCUCCCGCUCUAACUGAAACAAGACACACGAGGAGCUGGAGCUUUUGCCGCUGGAGCUAAUAAGACAUCAGCGCCCAGCAUAUAUCCAAAUACUCCAGCUGUACAAUUAUAAAUAGCAGUCGGUAGACACACCAUCCUACAAUGCAUUUUAAAACUUCCAAAAUGAGUUUGGAAUUGACUGAUAUGCAAAGCAUGAACACACCAGAGGAUGACAACAUAAGUAAUGAUUCAAAUGAGCUGAUAGAUGUGGACAACCCUCAGACAAGUAGCACAUUUAUUGCUGAUCGGGAAAGCAGAAGGAGCCUAACUAACAGUCAUCUGGAAAAAAAGAAAUGUGAGGAAUAUGUAAGUAGUCCUGGCCGAACCUCCAUUGGAAUGUCUGUCUUUAACCUGAGUAAUGCUAUUAUGGGCAGUGGGAUUCUGGGUCUGGCAUAUGCCUUGGCCAAUACUGGUAUUAUUCUAUUCGUGAUGCUUUUGAUUUCAGUUACACUUUUAUCAGUAUACUCCAUAAACCUUUUGUUGAAAUGCUCACUGGAGACAGGUUGCAUGGUAUAUGAAAAACUAGGAGAGCAAGUAUUUGGUACUCCAGGGCGGUUACUAGUCUUUGGAUCGACUUCUCUACAGAACAUUGGAGCAAUGCUGAGCUACCUGUUUAUAGUAAAAAGUGAAUUGCCCUCUGUCAUUGUGUUUUUGUUAGGAAAAGAACCAAAUAGUGUUUGGUAUACAAAUGGCUCCAUUCUUGUGAUAAUUAUAACAGUUUUCAUAAUAUUUCCAUUGUGUCUUCUCAGGAAUCUAGGUUAUCUUGGCUACACUAGUGGGUUUUCCUUGACUUGUAUGGUUUUUUUCCUUGUGGUGGUAAUCUACAAAAAGUUCCAGAUACCAUGUCCAUCAUACAUGAAUAAAACUUCACAUUUGAUUCAAAAUGGAACUGAUGAUUUAUGCAAGCCCCACUACUUUACUUUCAAUGAUAAGACUGUAUAUGCUUUACCAACAUUAGCAUUUGCAUUUGUGUGUCAUCCAUCAGUCCUCCCAAUAUACAGUGAACUGAGAGAUCGCUCGCAGAAAAGAAUGCAAUUGGUUUCCAACAUCUCCUUCUUUGCAAUGUUUCUUAUGUAUCUUCUAACUGCAUUGUUUGGCUAUCUAACAUUUUAUGGCAAUGUCAAAUCUGAGUUACUUAAUGCCUAUCAGAGCAAAGAUGAUGUUCUCAUCUUGACUGUGCGUCUGGCUGUCAUAAUUGCAGUAAUACUUACUGUACCAGUACUAUUUUUUACUGUCCGCUCUUCACUCUUUGAAUUAGCACGGAAAACAAAAUACAAUUAUUGGCAGAAUAUAUUAGUAACAAUAAUUAUUUUGGCGUUGGUUGAUGUUCUUGUCAUUACCAUACCAUCUAUGAAGGAUAUAUUUGGAAUAGUGGGUGUAACAUCUGCCAAUAUGUUGAUCUUCAUUCUUCCUUCAUCCUUAUAUUUGAAAAUCUUUAAAGAAUCCCAAGGAGUCUUCAGAGAUAGGUUGUGGGCAUUUGCUUUCCUGUCAUUAGGAGUGUUGUUCUCCUUAGUCAGCAUUCCCCUUGUGAUCUACGAUUGGAUAAGCUCAUGAGACAACAGUGAAGGUCACUAGUCCCAAUAAAACUGCUGCUUGCUGCUUUCCAGUAUCAUCAACCCAUCUGUUAUUCAAGGGCACUGUAGUUGGGAAGAAGGCAUACAUUACUGUUUCUUCUUUCAUCAUUUGUAAUUGUAGAGUUAUUUCACUUACUUUUAUAUUCAAGCCAUACUAAUUUCUAUAUUAGCCUAAUAGCUUUAAAAUCAUCUUGUAUUUUAACCUUUGAUCUGUUUGCUUUGACAUUCCUAACAGUGUUCCAUGGCUUUUUCUUAAUAUUUUAUGGAGUACUAAAGCCUAAAAUGAAUAUGGCAAAAAUGCUGUAUUUUAUAUAGUGAACGUAUUGUACCAGCCCAAAGAUUCAGCACUUCUUUAACAGUAAUGAUCCAUGCCUCUAAAGUUGUCCACAGUAGUUUGACAUCUCCUGAUCUUGUUGGGUCAUAUUUUCAGUGUCAGUGACACUGCACAAGCUCAGUGUGCUCUUGGCAGUGGUUGAAAAGUUAAGAUUAGGGAGCCUCAGAAUUUAUCAAGCAGAAUGUAGAAGCUGGUGCUGCAUGGCUGAUAAAGUAAAUUCUAUGUGUUGUAACUUUUCUAUUACAUUUAUACUGUAUAUUUUGUGUCAGUGUCUAACCCAGGUAACUGAGAGCUACCCAGAGCAUGUGCUGUGUAUCAGCAGAAAAUGAUGGGAAUAAACUGGGCACAUAUUCAAAGGCACAGAUCUUAUUUGCUGAACGGUUCUGCUUGGGCUGGUACAGAAGCCCAGAACAUAAUGUGGAGCAUUUGUAGUCUAUUUUUUAGCUUUAAUUUCUUUAGCUUUGGUUCUUCUUUAAAACAAUCCGAUGCAAUUUUCUUUCCUCCUCCCAGCUAAUUGUUUCCAAUUAUGUAUUUUCAUUGAUAAUUACCCAGAGGGUUGGAUAUUGUUUUUAUGGUUACACUCAAAACUCAAAACAUAGCUUUUGUGUUUGUUUCUAUGCUAAGCAAUUGUGCAGGUCACAAAGUGAUUGAUGCUAUAUAUGUCAGCAGCCCUGGCGGCAAGAAAUAUUUUAAUGGUCAUUAGGUAGAAACAUUUGUUUACAUGUUUAAUUUGUUUAAUGGAGAAGGAGGUAUUACAGACCAAAAUAAUAUACAAGCAUUGACCUAUUUAAGAAACUCUUUAAAAGUAUAUGAUCUAAAAUGAAUUUGUUAAUUGUGAAUAUUAUAUGCAGUCUCUUAUGAUUCUUUUUUUUUUUUUUAAUUAUUUUAUAAUUAGAUUGCUCUACAAAAAGUUAGGAUGGACAGAUAUCUUUUGCUUAAAGGGAAAGGAAACCUAGUCGGCGCAAACCCCCCACCCCCCUCCCGUUUGUUGCCCACCCUUCCU